AUGCCCCCUCCAACCCCAAUCCCAAUCCCCCUCUUCGCCUCAACCCAACUCAACCUCCUCCACGAAGAACACGCCGCCGAAGUCUCCUCCUCAAAACUCGCCAGCACAGCCGCAACAGUCUCCCUCUCAACCCGUCGAACCCUCCAAGCAACCGGCUACGCCCUAACAGGCCUCAUCCUCUCGCAAUGCCGAACCGGUCUCGGCGGACGCGUCGUGGGCGAGUUCGCCCCGGACCCAGCAGUCGCAUCAGAAGAGUCCCGGGCUACUGAUGGGACGCCUCGUCUCGGGUCGCAUGGGAUUCGGGUUGGGGAUGUUGUGCGUGUUAGUGAUGUUGCUGGGGCGGGAAAGAAGGUCGGGAAGGAUAAAGAUAAGGAGAAAGAGAAAGAUGCGGAGAAGGGGGUUGAGGGCGUUGUUACGCGUACUGGUGAUCGCGCUGUGUGGAUUGCGUUUGGGCGGCAGGGUGGUGGGGGCAUGUCUAAGGAGGAUGACGAGGCUGUUGAGGAGCUUUGGGGGAAGAAGGUGUGGGCUAUUAAGCUUGCUAAUGAUGUUACGUAUAGAAGGAUGAGACAGACUAUGGAGAAGAUGGUUAAAAUGACGGAGUCUGAGUACUCGCAUUUUAUGCGUGUUGCGUUUGGGCAUACGACGCCCCUACAGCUGGAUACAGAGGCGUGUGGACCUGUGGAGUUUACCGAUCCCUCCCUCAAUGAUUCGCAGAAGGAGGCUAUUCAGUUCGCGCUGGCUUCCCGGGAUAUUGCUUUGAUUCAUGGUCCGCCUGGGACGGGCAAGACACAUACGCUUAUUGAAUUGAUCUUGCAGUUGGUUCAGCGGAGAAAGCGCGUGCUUGUCUGUGGACCGUCCAAUGUUUCUGUUGAUAAUAUCGUGGAACGCCUUGCUCCCAAAAAAGUACCUGUUGUGCGCAUCGGGCAUCCGGCUCGUCUGCUUCCUUCUGUUCUUGAGCAUUCUCUUGAAGUUCUUACGCAGACCUCUGAUGCCGGGGGUAUUGUGAAGGAUAUUCGCAAGGAAAUUGACGAGAAACAGGCUAGUAUUCGCAAGACCAGGUCUGGUCGUGAAAGACGGGGUAUCUAUGACGAUUUGAAGCUGCUCCGGAAGGAGUUCCGAGAGCGCGAGUCUAGAUGCGUGGAUAAUCUGGUGCGCGAGAGUAGUGUGGUGUUGGCUACUCUUCACGGUGCUGGUGGUCACCAACUCAAGAACCAGAAGUUCGAUGUUGUGAUUAUCGACGAGGCGAGUCAAGCUCUCGAAGCACAAUGUUGGAUUCCUCUUCUGGGUGCAGAGAAGGUUGUCCUGGCCGGUGACCACCUGCAAUUACCACCGACCGUCAAGUCCACCGGCCAGAACUCCAAAGAUCAAACUUCCAAGGGAAGCGAGGAAAAGACUGGUAACAACACCGACACUGAGACAUUGAAAGGUGUCUCUCUUGAACGCACAUUAUUCGAUCGUCUACUAGCCCUGCACGGACCGGGGAUCAAACGCAUGUUGACCACCCAAUAUCGCAUGCAUGAGAAGAUCAUGCGCUUCCCCUCCGACGAACUCUACGAGGGAAAGUUGAUGGCCAGCGACGCGGUGAAAGCCCGUCUGCUGAUCGACUUACCCUACGAAGUAGAGGGCACAGACGACACACAGGAACCUCUGGUAUUCUGGGACACGCAAGGUGGAGAUUUCCCCGAGAAGGCAGAGGAUGAGAUCAGCAAAAAGGGAGCCUUGCUUGGAGACAGCAAAAGCAACGAGAUGGAAGCCAUGGUGGUCGCCAGACACGUGGACAAUCUGAUUGACGCGGGUAUCAGGCCCGAGAGCAUUGCCGUGAUCACCCCUUACAACGGGCAAUUGGCUCUACUUGUGGAUGGAUUCCAGGGCCGGGAGAAAGAAGCCGUUGUGGUAAGCCUGGUGCGCAGCAAUGCGGAGCACGAAGUGGGUUUCCUGGGUGAGAAGCGUAGAUUGAAUGUUGCCAUGACGCGGCCCAAGCGACAUUUGUGUAUUUGCGGAGAUUCGGAGACGAUCAGCCAUGGGAGUAGCUUCCUCAAGCACUGGAUGGAUUUCCUUGAAGAAAAUGCUGACCUACGAUAUCCUGAUGCUGGAGAUUUGCUAUAA